AUAUCUCUACCAGUCGGUACUUAAGGUGGGUGAAAGCAGCCCGGCUGCGCAAGCCCAGUCCCAGACGCGUCGUGCACGGGGCCGCUGCGCGCGCGCCGUCUCCACUCAAUUUUCCAAUUCCGCGCGUUAUGUUAAACGUUAUCUUCCGUUCUCAUUAGAAGUGAUCUGUUUUUGUUGACACAUGGACAUGGAAGCAGCCAAAGACGACUUGAGUUUCGAAGAUGGGAAGCUGGUGGUGUUCACCGAUAUUGUUUGCAGAGUCCCACAAGCCUCUAUGGGUAUAUCGUGGAAGUGGAAAAAGCGGGAAUCAUGCAAGAACGAGUACAUUAUAUUGAACGAAGCCUGUGGGGCCAUCAGGCCGGGGCGCCUCACGUACAUCCUGGGCCCGUCGGGCGCCGGCAAGACCACGCUCAUGAAAAUACUGGCGGGACGAAAGAAGGUGGGAGUCAAAGGUGCCAUGUACGGUGCUGGGCGGAACGCAGUGAUGGUCAGCCAACACGCCACCCUCAUAGACACUUUGACGGCCGGGGAAACGCUGCAUUUCGCUGCUAGGCUCAAACUACCCAACGUCAAACCCUGGGAUCGGACUCAACUGAUCGCGAAUAUAUCGAAACAGCUGGGAAUCCUUGACAUCCACACGACCAGGGCAGGCCACCUGUCUGGUGGGGAGCGGAAGAGGCUGACCAUCGCCUGCGAACUACUCGUGGACCCGACGGUCAUGCUGCUAGACGAACCCACUAGUGGGCUAGACUCAGUAUCGUCCAUGUCGGUGGCGCGUGCGCUGCUGACGGUGGCUCGCAGCGGGCGCACAGUGGCGUGCGUGAUCCACCAGCCGUCCUCGCAGCUGUUCAACUGCGCCGAUGACGUCAUCCUGCUCUCCGGCGGCAGGACUCUGUACUCGGGGGCGCUGGCUGACAUCCCUGAUGCGCUGUCGAAAGCAGGGUUCCAGUGCCCACAGUAUUACAAUAUGGCUGAUUACAUGUUAGAAAUAGCAACCGAGGAGCACUCUGGCAACCUCGCCCUUUUGGAAGCGGAAGCGAAGAGUUACGCUCACGAGAUGAGGAGGAUAGCCAAGAGCGACGUCCACGAGGAAAACCUAAAAGGUGUUGUUGUGGAAACUGAGGCUCUAUUAAAUACGCGACAGCCCCCGACGGAAGGCUACCUGGCGAAUGUGCCCCAACAGCUGGGGGCUCUGCUGUGGCGCUGCUGGAUUGGGGCCAUGAGGGAUGUUCACCUGACACAGAUCCGUCUAGCAGCACACUUGCUGGUAGCUCUGCUACUGGGCGCGCUCUACAACGGCGCGGGCGCAGACGCCGGCCGCGUCAUAUCCAACACCGGCUGCCUCUUCUUCUUUCUGCUCUUUAUAUUCUUCUCGAACGCCAUGCCUCCCAUACAUACAUUUCCUGUGGAAGCCUCAGUGGUACUACAAGAGCACUUGAAUAAGUGGUACUCGCUGCCCGCGUACUGCGCCUCGAAGAUUCUCGUGGACCUACCGAUUCAAUUGCUAUGUGCCACAGUGUUCAUGUUCCCGGCGUGGUACCUGACGUCGCAGCCGCUGGACGCCCACCGCAUGGGGCUGGCGUGGCUGCUGUGCGCGCUGCUUACGAUCCUCGCGCAGACCUUCGGCCUGGUGGUGGGCGCGGCGUGUGACGUCAAGCUCGGCCUAUUCGUGAUUCCCGCUGCAAACAUCCCAAUGUUGAUGUUCUCCGAGUUCUUCAUACCUUACCGGGAGAUACCAGUCUACCUCCGGCCGUUUGCUGCCAUUUCCUACUUCAGAUACGCAUUUGACGCCUUCCUAGAGACAGUCUACGGGUUCGACAGGGGUCGUCUGCCGUGCCACGACGAGAUAUUCUGCCUGUUCGCAGACCCCACGAAAUACCUAAAGCAUUUAGGCCUUACCAGAAACCUGUACAGUGACUUCUCAGCCUUAGUGAUAUGGAUUGUGAUACUCCAAAUAUCUCUGAUCUGCAUCCUAAAGUACAGAGUGCAUAGAGCGUGCAGAUGAUGUUAACAAACGCUCUAUAGGAUCUGAUUAUAAAUAAAAUAGUAGCUACACCGUCGAGUGGACGACUUUUAUCUAUGACAGGUUAGAUUGUAAAUAAAAUUUCGGCGUGUAAAUCUACUUAUAAUAUUAUAAGUUUUACACCAUAUACCUCCACUAACAUGUUAUAAUCUAUCUGGUCCUAGGUUUAUAAGUCGUGUAAAUAAUUAUACAUUAUUGUACCUAUGAUAAAAAGAAGCUAAAACAUGACAUAGGUAAUCAUGACAUAUUAAAGUACUUAUCAAAAUAACUAAAUAAGUUGAUUAAAGGGAAAGAGUAACAUUCUCAAAAACUCUCUAAUUAGGUACUAAAUUAAUAUUCAAAAUAAAAAACAAUAUUACAACAAUUAGUAUUUUAUUGACCAGCUUCACAUUCCAUAGAGUGCUACACGAAUAUACAUUAUUAUUAUUAUAAUAACUUUCAAAAUGUACAUAAUGAUAGCAAUAAUUAUACAACAUCGAAUUACAAUUUGUGCAUAAUACAGCAAAUAAAUAUGCAACUAUAUUA